AUGCCCCAACAACGCGUUUCAGGCGCACGCAUGAUCUACAACUAUCUACCGAAAUCUGCCGGUUUGAGGAGGAUAACGUUACACAAGUCGCAAUCGAACGGCGACAAACAGUACGUGCUCAUGUGCGAAUGUGCCAAUUUACUACAAGACUUCACGUCCGUCGCCAAGUUACUGCCGGCGCUCAAGGCUAGACUGUGCGGUUGCACUGGAGUGUACCGAUCUAUAUUCAUAAUUUAA